AUGGCCUCCUGGAAAGGUUCAACCGCGAAGCAGUACCGGCCACAUAUCAACAGGUGGCUCCAGUCUUGUAAUAGAUGGCACAUCAAUCCCCUUACUCCCACUGUAACUGAUAUUGUAAACUUUCUGUCUGACACUUUCCACAGAGGUGUGGGCUAUGACUCUGUUAACACGGCGCGGGGAGCCCUAUCUUCGCUGGGGAUAGUUGUCGAUGGUUACAGAGCAGGCAAUCACCCUCUUGUCAGCAGGUUCUUAAGAGGAGUUUUCAACCUAAGGCCUUCAACACCUAGAUAUGCGGAGACUUGGGACGUCCAGCUGGUGCUCCAUCAACUACGAACUAUGAAACCAUUGGGCUCUCUUUCCCUUAAGGAACUGACACUAAAACUUGCAAUGCUUAUGGCCCUCACACAAGCUGCCAGAGUGCAAACAUUACAUUUGUUACUGUUGGGAGACAUCCGCAUUAGACAGGAUUAUAUUUGUGUCUGGCUGGGGGGAAAUAUUAAACAAUGUAGGCCAAAAUUCAAUGUGCGGGCUGUGACCUUUAAAGCAUAUGCUAAGGACUGUAGGUUGUGUGUGUGUGAAACAUUGAAAAUGUACAUUACAAGAACUGAACAAUUAAGUGGCCUGGAUAAGGAAACGGGAACCUUGCUUAUCAGCUUCAUCAAGCCACACAAACCCGUGACGAAAGACACAAUUGCAAGAUGGCUCAGAGAAGUGCUUCGUUUGUCGGGAGUAGACACUGAAAAGUACUCGGCUGGCAGUGUUCGUCCUGCUGCAGCGUCAAAAGCCAAGGCCAUGGCUGUGCCAAUCACCCACAUCAUGGAGAAGGCUGGCUGGUCUAAGGAGGCCACUUUUGCCAAGUAUUACGAUAAGGAAAUUGUUCCGGAACGCGACGUUUUUCAAGAAGCUGUUCUGCAGUAGAAUCUGAGCCUUGGUUGA